AUGGACAUGCAAGUAGUCAUCAUUGAUUGUGGUAGUGGUCUUUGUAAAGCCGGUGUGGCAAGUAAUGAUUAUCCUACAUUAACGAAUGAUACAGUAGUUGGGUACGAAAAUAAAAGUCACAUUACUGGUGUAUCCGACAAACGUUAUUAUGGUCAAGAAGCAUUGGAACAGAAAAUGAUUCAAUUGUCAUUUCCAAUUAAUCAUGGUAUCAUUGAAGAUUUCAACAAAAUGGAAGAAUAUUUGACUUAUAUAUUCAGUCGACUUCCUGUUAAACCAGAAGAAUCCGUAAUUCUUCUUACAGAAACAUUAUCUAAUCGAAAAGUUAAUCGUGAAAAAAUAACAGAAAUAAUUUUUGAAAAAUUUGGAUUUUAUUUAGCAAAAGAUGCGAUUUUGACAUUACUUGGUACUGAACGUACCACCGGUAUCGUAUUGCACAGUCGUCAUGGUGUUAAAUAUUCUGUAACAGUAAAUGAAGGUAAUGUUGCACCAAAUACUUUACGACAAAUGGAUAUUGCUGGUGGUAGGGAUGCACCAGUCCCAGUUCUGACUGGUGAACUGGGUCCCAGUCGGACUGGGUAUCCGAUCCGACUGGGUACUGAGUCCUUUGAUCUUUAG